CACUCCUCCACCACCUUUUAUUCCUUUCUCUCACACACUCUUUCUCUUGAGAAAAAGAAAAAAAUGACACCAGAUUUUCACCUCUUGUUAUUCCCUGAACUAGCUCAGCCCCCUAUUCUGAGUUUCCAAGCCGCUUUAUUCAUCUUCCUUGUAACACUCCUCUUGGCGUUUUAUUUCACUCCCGGUGGGCUCGCAUGGGCUCUGACUAAGUCCAUUAUCCCGGGCCCAGUCUCGGCCCUCCUCGGGGCCUUCACCGGCCCAACCCCGCACCGGGCUUUAGCCAAGCUCGCCCGGAGCCACCAUGCGGAGAAGCUCAUGGCCUUCUCCAUCGGCCUGACCCGGUUCGUGAUCUCCAGCGAACCGGAAACGGCCAAGGAAAUUCUCGGCAGCACUGCUUUCGCUGAUAGGCCGGUGAAGGAGUCUGCUUACGAGCUUCUCUUCCACCGUGCAAUGGGGUUCGCACCGUACGGAGAGUACUGGAGGAGCCUCAGGAGAAUCUCCGCGCUUCACCUUUUCUCCCCCAAGAGGAUUUCCUCGUUUGAAAAGUUCAGGCGCCAGGUGGGGGUCAAAAUGGUUGAGGAGGUGAAACGGGUUAUGAGUGUAAACGGACACGUGGAGGUUAAGAGGGUGCUCCACUUUGGCUCCUUGAACAAUGUCAUGAUGACGGUGUUUGGGAAGUGUUACGAGUUUUUUGAAGGGGAGGGGGUUGAGCUUGAGGGUCUGGUGAGCGAAGGGUAUGAGCUGUUGGGAGUUUUUAACUGGAGCGACCAUUUUCCGGUUCUGGGGUGGUUGGAUUUGCAGGGUGUGAGGAGGAGAUGUAGGAGUUUGGUUCAGAAGGUUAAUGCUUUUGUUGGGAGGAUUAUCGAGGAACAUAGAAUCAAGAGGGUGAAUGGUGAGUAUGUGAAGGAUGAAGGAGUGGGUGACUUUGUAGAUGUGUUGCUUGAUUUGGAGAACGAAAGUAAACUCAGUGAGCCUGAUAUGAUCGCUGUUCUUUGGGAAAUGAUAUUCAGGGGUACGGACACGGUGGCGAUAUUGCUGGAGUGGAUCUUGGCGAGGAUGGUUCUUCAUCCAGAGAUACAAGCAAAGGUGCAGAGUGAAAUAGACAGUGUUUGUGGGUCGAAGGUUGUUUCGGAUUCCGAUGUUGCCAACAUGCGUUACCUCCAAUGCAUUGUGAAGGAGGCUCUGCGGGUGCACCCACCUGGGCCUUUGCUAUCGUGGGCUCGUUUGGCGGUGCAUGAUGUUACGGUGGGCGAGAAUCAUAUUCCAAAGGGAACCACCGCGAUGGUGAACAUGUGGGCCAUAACGCAUGACGAGAAAGUGUGGGCUGAACCGGAGAAGUUUAAACCGGAGCGGUUCAUGGAGGAUGACGUGAGCAUAAUGGGUUCUGAUUUGCGUUUGGCACCGUUCGGGUCUGGGCGAAGGGUGUGUCCUGGGAAGGCUUUGGGUUUGGCCUCGGUUCAUCUUUGGCUCGCUCAGUUGCUUCAGAGUUUUCGUUGGGUUCCUUCGGAUGGUGCCACUGUGGAUUUGGAAGAGUGUCUUAAGCUGUCUAUGGAGAUGAAAAAGCCACUGGCUUGUAAGGCUGUGCCUAGGGUUGUUGUUUGAGGUUGUUUGUCAAGUUUAGGGUUUAGAUGGUCUUAAGUCUGAAUGCUGGUUUUAGGUUUAAGGGUUGGUUUUGGGGUUGUUAAUCCGUGUAGGGGAUCUGGUGAAGAUAAGGUAAGGUUGCUUUUGUGUGAGUUGUUUGUUAGUUUAUUAAAUGGUUAUGCAUGUGGUUCAUCUUUUAUGUUUGUAUACAUGGUUCUGUCUAGUUUAAUGAACAUGUCGUUUUACUAUUCUCA